AUGUGUGGUGUCUUCGUUGCAUGUACUGCAUACGGCCACCUGGAAAGCCUUUCAACAAGGAUGUACAUCGCCCUAUAUACCUCUUCGGUCACCUAUGUAGACGAUGUCUACAACAAUCAACCCAACCUCCCGAAGGCUUUCUGCCACAACUUUAUCAUGCAUUUGCCGCAGGAGACAUCAGUACUGCGAGCGUUCGAUCAGCUGCUGAGGGAGACAUGGAGACACUUCGACGGAGUUCAAGCGAAUUUCAUCAUUGCAAGCAGUAUGUACUAUAUGAACGCUGUCGCUAUCGAGCACGGUAUCAGGCCGCUCGAGACUCAGACCUCCGAUUUCUUUCGGUUCUUUCGAGGACUAUCUGGCAAUUCUUCUUCUUUUUGCGUCUUCAUUUUCCCGAAUGAUGUCCCCCCCAAUUCGUACAUCCAAGCCCUGCCGUUCAUGAUGGAUUACGUGAAUUACAUGAAUGACGUUCUCUCUUUCUACAAAGAAGAGGUUAAUGGUGAGGAUACAAAUAUUAUCACUAUCCUCUCGAUGCAGCGUGCCGCGCCGAAAAUAGCGAUCCUAGAGCAACUUGCCAACCUAGUUGCUUCGAGUUACGUGUCAGCAAACGAUAUUUUGGGCACUUCCUCUGAUGCCGCUCAGGAACUCACUAGCAUCGUGGGCGACCUCCUGGCUCGUUGCGACUUUGCUCUCUCGAGCACACCUGUCGACGAUGGGUUCCUCCAGCUAUGUCUCGAGGAUGCAGCUACUCGCGGCUGUCCCAUGGAGGCAUCUCCUGGGAUCCCUUCUUUUCGUCCGUGGAAUGUCAGCGGUGCCGCAAUUGCGUAUAUUUCGUACGGCCACUUGGAGAGCCUUCCAGCAAAACUAUUCAUCGCCCUAUACACAUCUCUCGCGGUGUACGCUGAGGAUGUCUAUACCGAUCAGCCCGACCUCGUGAACACCUUCAAUGCCAACUUCGUCACGCGCCAACCCCAGCGAACAGCGAUAUUGCAAGCUUUGGACAAGUUACUAGGAGAAACGUCAAGACAUUUCGAUGCAGUUCAAGCCAACCUCAUCACGUCAAUAGCUGGGCCCUCGUCGUCAGGCGACCGCCAGCCAGUAAAGGCACGGCGAAAGCGCAUGUAUCGCGUAGGUAGUAAGAAGAAACCUGCUGAAGAUACGGUCUCGCCGGACUUAGAAGGACAGAUGCUCUCCAGGCGUGCCUCAGCAUCUCCCACACCUCCUUCAGAAUUCGACGCAGAUGAUAUGGACAGAUAUUUUCGGACUCGCGACGAUUACAUACCUCUCUCACCCACUUUGCAUCCUUCGCACAUACGACGGCGACAACCUUAUGAUGACACAUAG